AUGACCUCAGGCCCCAGGUCGCCAGAGCCCAAGUCCUCAGUCCCCAACAAUCCCGCGCUCAGUUAUAAGUUGAGUGGAACCCGAUCCUAUACAGACAGGCAUCUUCUGCUACCCUCCUGUCACCUGAGGCUGCUCCAGCACCAGGAGCUGCAGAAGCAGUCUGAUCCCUGGCAUCGAAAUCCCGGUCCCGACCCCCCAGACGCAAACCCCAGGAAGCUCCCAAGCGCAUUCCUUGUUGCUCUCAGGAAGCUCUUAGCCUCACUCCGUGCCUACGACGGCUCCCAAGUUCACCUCCGGGGGAUCCCGGAGACGAGCUUGCUUCACUCCUUGGUUCCGCGGCGGCUGCAGCCCAGUCUGCGUGCAGGUCCCGAGCCGAGUUCACUGGUGCUUGGGGGAGGAGGAACCGAAGCCCUGGCGCGCCUCCUGGGUAGGGCCGGGCUAGGGCCGUCGGCCACUCCCGGGGUGACUUGGAGGCCACCGCUGCUGCCGCUGUUGCUGCUGCUGCUGCUGCUGAGUUCGCCGGCUGGCGCCUGGUACAAGCACGUGGCGAGCCCCCGCUACCACACAGUGGGCCGGGCUUCGGGGCUGCUCAUGGGCCUCCGCCGCUCCCCGUACCUGUGGCGCCGCACCGUGGCAUCGAGCCCGGGCCAAGCAAACAGAGACGCGGACCGGGAGCUCUCCGCUUGGACCGACGACCCUCCCGCCUGGACCACGCUCUUGGCCGGUGUCCGGGGAAACCCCGGGGAGGCGCGGCGCAGGAACCGCAGGGAGCUAAGAGGAGGACACCGGACAGGGACCCUGAGUUCGAGUCGUGCUGUUGAGCCUUCGAAGAGGAGACAACACCUGUGCCCUCCAUCGACCGUGGCAUUGCAAAGCCUACCGACCUCUUCCUGCCUCCAGCUUUGAAUGUCUCCAGAUCCCAGGACCUGUAUUCCAGAGGCAUUGCAGCGUUUUGUGGGCUAGAGGUUGAGAGGGUAGGAGCAGGCAGACCACAGAACCCUCAGGGACAACGACUUGGUACUCACUGGGGUCCCCAGUUAUACUUCCCUUGCCUUCUCCCUUUCCUUUGCAGAACCAUUGCCUUUUCGUUGGAGUCUGUGUAUCUUCCCUGUCUCACUGGAGGAAUCUGCUCUCAUUAAAAAUGACAAUUUAAAACGCA